CCACUUCUCUCUCUCAACAACAACAAGCCACCAUGUCGAACACUCUUCCCCCUCUCCCCUACGACUAUGAUGCUCUCGAGCCCUACAUCUCGAAGCAGAUCAUGACUCUGCACCACCAGAAGCAUCACCAGACCUACGUCAACGCCCUCAACGCCGCUGAGGCUGCCUACGCCAAGGCUUCCACCCCCAAGGAGAGGAUCGCCCUCCAGGCUGCCUUGAAGUUCAACGGAGGAGGCCACAUCAACCACUCCCUCUUCUGGAAGAACCUCGCUCCCUCCGCCGCCGUCAACAAGGGCAACGGUGGUGUCCUCAAGGAAGGCCCCCUCAAGAAGGCCAUCGAGGAGGCUUUCGGCUCCUUGGACAACCUCAAGAAGGAAUUCAACGCUGCCACUUUGGGCAUCCAGGGCUCCGGCUGGGGAUGGCUCGGCUACAACACCCAGACCAAGCGCCUCGAGAUCGCCACCACCGCUAACCAGGACCCCUUGCUCACCCUCGUCCCUAUCAUCGGUGUUGACAUUUGGGAGCACGCUUUCUACCUCCAGUACUUGAACGUCAAGGCUGAUUACCUCACUGCCAUCUGGAACGUCAUCAACUUUGAGGAGGCUGAGGCCCGUCUCGUCGAGGCUUCUGGCGCUUCCAAGCUCUAAGCAAGUUCCUGGACAAUCCAAAAGUUUCACAAGUGUUCGACUGUGACGGCUUUGGUUAGCAGACAAAGAAACAAAUUGUAACAUUAGGAACAGGAAUGAAACUUCUUGCGCUCU